AAUCCAACUGUUAUAAUUGGAAAAUAAAAUCAGCCAAAAAUCAAAAGACAGAGAAACUAGAGAGAGAGUUGGAAAGCAACAAACUCAACUGUUUCCGAUCCAGGAACCACCGUAGACGGCACCACCACCACCUCCUCUUGUCUUCCUCCUCCAAACCAAUUCUUUCAUUUAUACACACAGAAAAACAUAGACACACAAUUCAUUCAAAUCAGGCUACCUCAAUUUGGUAGUCUUGGGUGUGCGGAAGCAAAAUGUCUAUCAAUAUGAAAACCCUAACCCAAGCCUUGGCUAAGACCGCAGCAGUGAUCGAGAAAACCGUAAGCACCACCGUGCAGGAGGUGACUGGUCCUAAACCCCUGCAGGACUAUGAGCUCCUUCACCAGAUCGGCUCUGCGGGGCCCGGUCUGGCUUGGAAGUUGUAUUCGGCUAAAGCGCGGGAUGGAACUCGACCUCAACAGUACCCGAUCGUGUGCGUUUGGGUGCUGGAUAAGAGAUUGCUGUCGGAGGCGAGGGCGAGGGCUGGGCUGUCUAAGGCGGCUGAGGAUGCGUUCCUUGAUAUCCUACGUGCUGAUGCAGGGAAGAUGGUGAGGUUGAGGCAUCCAGGGGUUGUGCACGUGGUGCAGGCGUUAGAUGAGAGCAAGAAUGCCAUGGCAAUGGUCACCGAACCUCUGUUUGCUUCUGUAGCCAAUGCACUUGGGAACACGGAGAAUGUGGAAAAGGUGCCUAAGGAUCUCAAGGGGAUGGAAAUGGGCUUGUUGGAGGUGAAGCAUGGUAUGCUUCAGCUUGCAGAAACCUUAGAUUUUCUCCAUAACAAUGCACACCUUAUUCAUCGGGCUGUAUCUCCUGAGAAUGUCCUAAUUACAUCAAAUGGAGCUUGGAAACUAGGUGGAUUUGGCUUUGCAAUUGCAACAGAUCAUGCUUCUAGUGAUUUGGCUAAUGGGCAGGCUUUUCAUUAUGCUGAAUAUGAUGUUGAAGAUUCUGUUUUGCCCCUUCAACCAUCAUUGAAUUACACUGCACCUGAAAUGGUUCGGAGCAAAUCGCCUUCUGCUGGAUGUGCUUCUGAUAUUUUCAGUUUUGGAUGUGUUGCCUACCACUUAAUUGCUCGAAAGCCUUUAUUUGACUGUCACAACAAUGUUAAGAUGUACAUGAAUACUUUGAAUUAUUUAUCCAAUGAAGCUUUCUCCUCUAUCCCACCGGACUUAGUUCCUGACUUGCAAAGGAUGCUAUCUGCAAAUGAGUCUUUCAGGCCAUCAGCGAUGGAUUUUACAGGUUCUUCAUUUUUCAGGAAUGACACUAGGUUGCGUGCUCUUCGCUUCCUCGACCACAUGCUUGAAAGGGAUAACAUGCAGAAGUCUGAGUUCUUAAAAGCAUUGUCUGAUAUGUGGAAAGAUUUUGACUCUCGUGUACUUCGUUAUAAGGUACUUCCACCUCUUUGUGCAGAACUACGGAAUUUGGUAAUGCAACCAAUGAUUCUACCCAUGGUUCUCACAAUUGCGGAGUCACAGGAUAAAAAUGAUUUUGAACUAGUUACACUGCCAGCUCUUGUUCCUGUACUAAGUACUGCUGCAGGAGAGACACUGCUGUUGCUGGUUAAGCAUUCAGAACUUGUUAUCAACAAGGUCAGUCAGGAACUCUUAGUAUUGCAUGUCUUGCCAAUGCUUGUUCGAGCUUAUGAUGAUCAUGAUCCACGAAUACAAGAGGAGGUUUUGAAGAAAUCUUCAUACCUUGCUAAGCAACUUGAUGCUCAGCUUGUGAAACAAGCAGUUCUGCCUCGUGUUCAUGGCUUAGCUCUUAAAACAACAGUUGCCGCGGUGAGAGUCAAUGCUUUACUAUGCUUAGCAGAUUUGGUUCACACACUUGAUAAGCAUUCUGUGCUGGACAUCUUGCAAACUAUUCAACGUUGUACUGCUGUUGACCAUUCUCCUCCUACCCUUAUGUGUGCCCUAGGAGUUUCUAAUGCAAUGCUCAAGCAGUUUGGAGUUGAAUUUGUGGCAGAGCAUGUACUUCCGCUACUCACACCUCUUCUAAUAGUCCAACAGCUGAAUGUUCAGCAGUUUGCCAAAUAUAUGCUCUUUGUCAAGGAUAUUCUUAGGAAGAUAGAAGAAAAAAGAGGUGUUAUUGUUACUGAUUCGGGAACUUCAGAAGUAAAGCAAGCAUCCAUUGCCAACAGUCUUCAGUCUCAAAGCAUAAGCAAAACCAGUGUUGCUUCAGCAAAAAGUAGCAAAUCUUGGGACGAGGACUGGAAUUCUACUGCUGCUAACCCCGCUACUUCCAACCAGCCUUUUGCAAACAACAGCUCAUCAAGGCAUGCUGUUUUGGAUGAUCAAUUAAUUCAAUCAGCUCCUGUUCUGUCACAACCAUCUAUUAUAUCUGCUUUAUCUAGUCAGCAAACGUCUAAUUCAUGCCCUGCGGUUGAUAUAGAGUGGCCUCCUCGGAUCUCUUCAGGUGUUGCCCCUCAAUCAGGUCAUGGCAAGAUGCAAGCAAAUGCAGGGGAAUCUUCUAUUUCAACGUUGGAUGAUAUAGAUCCUUUUGCUAACUGGCCUCCACGACCUAGCGGCACUUCAAGUGGUUCUGGGGCUCUUGCCAAUGGUACCGUGGGAGCACCAAUGAACAAUUAUGUAUCCGGUCUGACCAGUAAUUCACUAGUCAGUAUGAACUUCCAAACAAAUAACAGUAAUAUUUGGGACUUAAACAACCAAAGCUCGGGGGAGCCUCUAAGAACAGUUCAAGGGAGUUCAAGCAUGAAUUCAAGUAUUUCAAAUAGUGGGAGCCUAAAUCCUCAGAACUCCAUUGGUUUCGUGAGGCAGAACCCAGGGAUUUCUUCCCUUGGAGGUUCUUUGUACAAUGAUAAGAAAUCUGCAGAUCUUGGUUCUAUAUUUAGUUCUAUCAAGAAUGAGCAGGCUGCUCCUAAACUUGCUCCACCUCCCACCACUUCUGUGGGUAGAGGAAGAGGUCGAGGGAGGGGAUCCAGUACAACCCCAAGAAUGAGCAAUACCAAGCCAUCCACCUCUGAACAACCACCUCUUUUGGACUUGCUUUGACAGGUAAGUGUUGCUUUUGAGUGGAACCUCAAAGUGAGAUCUAGAAAUGAGAUUUUGUUGGUAGAGCAUCAGUUCGAUGCUGUACAGUGUUGGCCGGUUGUGAAAACAGAUGCAUUCAAGGAUGCCGUGCUUGUUAUCUAAUAGUUGGUUCUUUGUGAGUGCCUAAAGCACAAUGUAAUUUAACCCUUGAACAGGUUUCCCUUCCUUUUUCUUUUUUUUUUUCCUUUUUUAUUAUCAUCUAUUUCUUGUGAAUUUUUGUACUGCUUCACGAGGAGCCCCAUGUUUUGUUCAUUGCAUAGAUAUAUGUUGUUGCCCUUGUAAUGUAUUUUUCUUAAAACAGUCAGUGAUUGGCUAAGAAAAUAAUAUAGAAGAAGAAACAGAUAACAUUGAG